AACAAGGGGCAACUGAAGACAUCCACCCUCAAUGUCUCCCUACAUGCAAUUAUUAACUAACAGCCAAUUAACACCAGGUGAAGCGCACGCCCAAUCACACCUUAACCACCCUGUGCUGGCUCAUCUAGCUGCUAUAAAUGGGUGAAGGUUGGCUUGGAAGAUUUUCUAGUGGGUCUUUUAGAUAUUCAAAUAAAAUGUUGCUGAAAGCUGUGUUACUCUUGGUGGCGCUGCCUUACAUGGUGAGUCUUAUCCUUUUCUGACUGCAGCAGGUGAGACAUGGCAUGAACUGGAGGAACUGUUGCCAAAUUACAAGGAUAAAGUGCCAACAAACCCCACUCCUAAUACUCCAUGUCCACCACUGAAGUUACCACAGUUUCAGCAAAUCCUCUCCUCAGACGUCCAUAAACUCGUUUUUAAACCUGCAAGAAACCACAGACCCGUAACUGAUUUGAUGAAGUCGAUAUUGCUGCCGAAACUUCUUCCUGCAACAGAAGCACCUCUGCCUUCAGAAUCCAACAAUAUUGAGCUUUUGUGUCACGUUGACCGGAUUUAUGUGAGGGUUGUGAAGAGUCUCUUUAACAAUCCAGAUGCAGGGAAAUAUCUCAAAGUGGGAACAUGUUCUGUGAAUAAAGCCACACCUGAGCAUUAUUACUUCCUGUACCCUAUUAACAACUGCAACACACAGCGUCAAGAAAAUGAAAACCAUGUCUUGUAUUUAAACACAAUGUUUUAUGAGCCUGUAACUGAUGAACCAGUUGUUCGUGAGCUUCCAUUUUCUGUGCCUCUGGAGUGUCGUUACAACAAGCAUUUCCGUGCCUACAGUGUUGGCUAUCGUCCUCAAAUUGAAGCAGGCACUGUUUUCUUGAGCUUACAAAGUGGAGUCUCUCUUAUUCCUGUAGAUGAGAAUUGGGAACCUUUCGCUACAUGGCAGAGUUUCAAAAUUGGCCAGCCAAUGUACUUUGAGGCCAGAGCCCCACAUGGUCAUGCUGGAAAGAGGCUUUACAUCAGCAAGUGCUACAUCACUGCUUCUCAAAACCCUGAUGAUGCACUCAAAUACACUGUGAUUGACAACUAUGGAUGCAUGGUGGAUGGUAAGAACACUCUUCAAAGCAUGUAUUACCCUAGUGACGAUGAGACGAUGUUAAGGUUCUCUAUAGGAGCCCUUAUGUUUAAAGACACGGUCUCCCAUUCUGCAGACAAGAAGGAAAUGUUCAUUCAUUGUGAAAUGUAUCUGGGACCAGAAAUACCAACUUCAAGUACAAAAUCAUGUUCCUACAAGGCAGAUACACAAGAGUGGUCAGAGUUGUAUGAAGAAGACUCUGUCUGUGCUUGUUGUGAUGCUGCUUGUCCUGCUCCAGAUCCUUCAGUGUUUGUGCAGGUGGUCUCCAGCAGUUCCUGGGAUGUUCAGAGUCAAUAGAAUAAACAAGCUUCACAAAAAUCUGAAUCACUGGAGGAAUCCAUGAACUACGCAGAGUUUCACCACUUCUGGAAAAAGGCGAAUGAUUGAAAAAAAUGAAGGGAUUAGUGAAUGAUUGAUCCAUGUGCCUCUUGCACAUAGACUAUAAUAAAGAUUUUAUUUUCCCAAAAGA